AUGAUGAACACAUUCAGGAUGAAUGAGAAUAGAUGUAAAUCAUCCGGACCAGUUCUGAAGUUGUUAUAUAUUGUCAUGUCCUCUUCUUUCUCUAAACUUCCCCUUGGACAUGUGGUCACGAUCCUCCUUCUUUGUUGUUUCCUGCAGCACUUGAACGCAGCAGUCAGUGACCGACAGCACAUUGCCACUGGAUACGUGAUAUUCAUUGAAAGCCAGCCGUCACUUGUGUAAAUACGGCGCUCACGUUCAACGAGUGAGGAUUCACAAACACUGGGGGUCCCGGCAGGUGACCUGUUUGCUCCGGCGAGGUUACUGGCCUGUUCCGACAGGACAAAACACUCUGACCCCGGUUCCAGCCAAGCCCCAGUCCGCUCAAUAAGAGCGCGUGAAGCCGCUGCCGAGCCACACAGCGAGAGACGAGCUGCCACGACCGAAUGUCAGGACACUGGACUGCUUCCAUCAGGGCUAGUUUCUCUCUUGAAGACGAGUCACCAUGCCGACUGGAUCCGUGAAACUGCAGAGCAUUAAAAGACUGGGACAGGAGAACCACAGCUAUGAGGUUUCAGACGAAGAACCGGCCGACUCCUACAUGACGAUGACAUCGUCCAAAAAGGAUGAGAAAGCUCAAGGAAAUGCAGCUCAAGCAGCGAUCAGAGUUGGCUUCUUUCAGCUGUUCCGCUUCGCCACGUGCCGCCAGGUGCUGAUGAUGGCGGUGGGCAGCGUGUGCGCGGUGCUGCACGGCUCGGCCCAGCCGCUCAUGCUGCUGGUGUUCGGUCUGCUCACCGACACCUUCAUCGAGUACGACAUCGAGCUGAACGAGCUGAGCGACGGCAGGAAGGAGUGCGUGAACAACACCAUCCAGUGGAAGAGGAACUACACGGCGGCGGCGCCGAGCCACAACCUGUCCGACUGGAGCAACUCCACCUGGGAGAUGUUCGUACCGCUGACGGGCAGGACGUGUGGGCUCCUUGACAUCGAAUAUGAAAUGACCUUAUUCGCCUUCUACUAUGUCGGAAUCGGAGCAGCUGUAUUCUUACUGGGAUACUUACAGAUCUCGCUGUGGGUGACGGCCGCUGCCAGGCAGAUUCAGAUCAUCCGGAAAAUGUACUUCAGCAAAGUGAUGAGGAUGGAGAUCGGCUGGUUCGACUGCACGUCGGUCGGAGAGCUCAACACGCGCAUGUCAGACGAUAUCAACAAGAUCAACGACGCCAUCGCGGAUCAAGUCGCCAUUUUCCUGCAGCGCUUCACCACCUUUGUGUGCGGCUUCUGCAUCGGCUUUGUGAAAGGAUGGAAGUUGACACUCGUCAUUGUCGCAGCAAGUCCACUCAUCGGCAUCGGAGCCGGUCUAAUGGCCCUGUUCGUGGCUAAGCUAACAGGGAUGGAGCUGCAGGCCUACGCCAAGGCCGGAGCCGUGGCCGAUGAGGUCCUCUCCUCCAUCCGGACCGUUGCCGCCUUUGGUGGCGAGAUCAAAGAAGUGCAAAGGUAUGACAGGAACUUGAUCUCAGCGCAGCGCUGGGGAAUCAGGAAGGGUCUGAUCAUGGGCUUCUUCACCGGAUACAUGUGGCUGAUCAUCUUCCUGUGCUACGGUCUGGCCUUCUGGUACGGCUCUAGUCUAGUGGUGGACACUGAGGAGUACACGCCAGGAACACUCCUGCAGGUUUUCUUUGGUGUUUUGAUUGCGGCCAUGAAUCUGGGGCAGGCCUCGCCGUGUCUGGAGGCGUUUGCUUCGGGCCGCGGCGCCGCCACCAUCAUCUUCGAGACUAUUGACAGAGAGCCGGAGAUCGACUGUUUGUCCGAGUCGGGAUACAAGCUCGACAGGGUCAAAGGAGAUAUUGAGUUUCACAAUGUGACCUUCUACUACCCGUCCAGACCUGAAGUCAAGACCCUGGACCAGCUCAGUGUGGCAGUGAAGUCAGGGGAGACCACGGCCUUCGUUGGUCCCAGUGGAGCAGGGAAGAGUACGGCCAUUCAGCUCUUCCAGCGCUUCUACGACCCUAAAGAGGGCAUGGUGACCCUGGACGGCCAUGACAUCAGAGGGCUGAACAUCCAAUGGCUGCGCUCUCUGAUCGGCAUCGUGGAGCAGGAGCCGGUGCUGUUCGCCACCACCAUCGCCGAGAACAUCCGCUACGGUCGCCCCGGCGUCUCCAUGGAGGACAUCAUCACCGCGGCCAAGGAGGCCAACGCCUACAACUUCAUCAUGGACCUGCCACAGAAAUUUGACACCCUGGUGGGGGAGGGCGGAGGUCAGAUGAGCGGAGGUCAGAAGCAGCGUAUCGCCAUCGCUCGGGCGCUGGUCAGGAAUCCUCGUAUCCUGCUGCUGGACAUGGCGACGUCUGCCCUCGACAACGAGAGUGAGGCUACGGUUCAGGAGGCCUUGGAUAAAGUUGGCAUGGGUCGCACCACCAUCUCCAUCGCUCACCGACUGUCCACCAUAAAGAACGCCGACGUCAUCGUCGGCUUUGAGCACGGCCGGGCGGUGGAGCGGGGCAAACACAACGAACUGCUGGAGAGGAAGGGCGUCUACUUCACCCUCGUCACCCUGCAGAGUCAAGGGGACAAGGCCCUGAACGAGAAGGCGCGACAACUGGCUGAAAAGGAAGAAGAGCCAGAGAGCCGAAGUCUUUCCAGAGCAGGCAGCUACCGAGCCAGUCUGAGAUCCUCCAUCCGCCAGCGGUCCCGUUCGCAGCUGUCCAACCUCAUCCCAGAGUCCUCGGUGGCCAUUGUCGGAGAGCUGGGCCCCAGAGCCUACGCUGUUUCACAGGCAGACAAAUCCGAGAAUGCCAUCCCAGAGGAGGAGGAGGAGGUCGUGGAGCCGGCUCCGGUCGCCAGGAUCCUGAAGUACAACAUCCCCGAGUGGCCAUAUAUGCUUUUCGGAACCGUGGGAGCCGCGAUCAACGGAGGCGUCAACCCCGUCUACUCGCUGCUGUUCAGUCAAAUCUUGGCCACCUUCUCACUGACGGACCCCGAGGUUCAGAAGAAGGAGAUCAACGGUAUCUGCCUGUUCUUCGUCAUGGUCGGCGUCGUCUCCUUCUUCACCCAGAUGCUGCAGGGUUACGCCUUCUCCAAGUCCGGAGAGCUGCUGACCCGCAGGUUACGGCGGCUCGGCUUCCACGCCAUGCUGGGCCAGGAGAUCGGCUGGUUUGACGACCACAGGAACAGCCCCGGGGCGCUGACCACACGCCUGGCCACCGACGCCUCGCAGGUUCAAGGGGCCACGGGCUCGCAGAUCGGCAUGAUCGUCAACUCGCUGACCAACAUCGGCGUCGCCGUCCUCAUGUCCUUCUACUUCAGCUGGAAGCUCACGAUGCUCAUCCUCUGCUUCCUGCCGUUCAUCGCUCUGUCGGGCGGCUUCCAGGCCAAGAUGCUCACGGGCUUCGCCAAGCAGGACAAGCAGGCGAUGGAAGCUGCGGGACGGAUUUCCGGUGAGGCCCUGAACAACAUCCGCACCAUCGCAGGCCUGGGGAAGGAGAGGACCUUCGUGGACAUGUACGAGGCCCAGCUGGACGCUCCGUUCCAGGCGGCGCUGAAGAAAGCCAACGUGUACGGCGCCUGCUACGGUUUCGCCCAGUGCGUCGUCUUCCUGACCAACUCGGCCUCCUACAGGUUCGGAGGUUACCUGGUGCGGCAGGAGGGGCUCCACUUCAGCCUGGUGUUCAGGGUCAUCUCGGCCAUCGUCACCAGCGGCACCGCCCUCGGCCGAGCCUCCUCCUACACCCCGGACUACGCCAAGGCCAAGAUCUCGGCCGCGCGGUUCUUCCAGCUGCUGGACCGACUCCCCCAGAUCAGCGUCUACAGCGACAAGGGAGACAAAUGGGACAACUUCCAAGGGAACCUGGAGUUCAUUGACUGCAAGUUCACGUACCCCACCCGGCCGGACAUCCAGGUCCUGAACGGGCUGAACGUGUCGGUGAAGCCCGGCCAGACGUUGGCCUUUGUGGGCAGCAGCGGCUGCGGGAAGAGCACGAGCGUUCAGCUGCUGGAGAGGUUUUACGAUCCGGACCACGGCAGAGUGCUGAUUGAUGGCCACGACUCCACCCGCGUCAACGUGCCCUUCCUGCGAUCCAAGAUUGGCAUCGUGUCCCAGGAGCCCAUCUUGUUCGACUGCAGCAUCGGCGAGAACAUCAAGUACGGCGACAACUCGCGGGAAAUCAGCAUGAACGAGGUCAUCUCCGCCGCCAAGAAAGCGCAGCUCCACAGCUUUGUCAUGGCGCUUCCCGAGAAAUACGACACCAACGUGGGCGCCCAGGGUUCUCAGUUGUCUCGCGGUCAGAAGCAACGCAUCGCCAUCGCCAGGGCGAUCAUCCGCGACCCCAAGAUCCUGCUCCUGGACGAGGCCACCUCGGCACUGGACACGGAGAGCGAGAAGAUAGUGCAAGAGGCGCUGGACAAAGCCAGAGAGGGCCGGACCUGCAUCGUCAUCGCCCACCGCCUGUCCACCAUCCAGAACUCUGACAUCAUCGCCGUCAUGUCCAGGGGCUUCGUGGUGGAGAAAGGAACGCACGACCAGCUCAUGGCCCGGAAGGGCGCUUACUACAAGCUGGUGACCACGGGAGCACCAAUCAGCUAAGAACCUGCAUCUGAUUAGAACGAGAGCCGAGGAAGCAUUGUUCCAGAACCGGAGGCUAGGUGAAUCAUCCUAACAGUAUUUAUUUCUUCUCAUCAAGAGAAGGGGUUUGUGAGUCACAC